AUGGAGCGGUUGGCCGCGGCGGCCCCUCGGAAUAGGAACAAAGAGGUGCAGAGCGGCAGGCUCGUGUCGUGCCGCCGCGGCGGCGGCCCCGCUGCGGGCUCUCGGCCGCUGGGACGGGCAGAGGAGCUCCGCGCGAGCGGGAAGAUGCCGCAGGAGGUCUUCGACCGCAUCCGCCAGGCCGCCCUCACGGCGGCGCCGGAGCUCGCGGCGGAGGGCGCGGAGCAGGACCCCAGGCCUGCUCUGAUCAGACUUGCAGAGGCUGGUGACGCUGACGGCGUGCGUCAGGAGCUCGCGGGUCCGCUGGUGGAUCCAGACGUUGCCGACGCGAGCGGCACCACGGCCUUGCUGGUUGCGGUGAGGCAGGGGCACGAGGACGUUGCCCGCUUGCUCAUUCGGAGGGGAGCCGACGUCAACAAGGCGGGCCCCUGGCGUUUCACGCCGCUGAUGUACGCCGCUAUAUGGGGGCAUGCUGGCCUGGCGGGGCACCUGCUGCAGAGCGGCGCCGACCCGCGCGCGCGGGACGUGCGGGGGGACACGGCGCUGGAUCACGCGGUGGGGGAGCGGCAGCCAGAAAUCGCGGACGCGAUCCGGGCGGCGCUCGGCGCGGCCCCCGGGCGGCGGAGCCGAGGUUCGAGGAGGUCUGCGGGACGGCCGACGGCUCCCCUCCGCCUGCGCAGCAGGAGCAAAAAAGGAAGCUCUGCCGGCCCGAGUUGUGAGACCGACUCCUCCCUCCGUGCUCGCCGAAGGGAGGCG